UACGAAAGGUUCAGUGUCUGUGUUAAUACUUCAUAUUUACAAAUACCCCCUCCAGGUUGGCGUUGUGGUUGGGUCGGCAGUAGGUGCCUGCGCAUUGCGCCGGGCUGGUCCUCCGAGUUCCCGUCAUGCCAAUCUGCGUCUCCAGGCAGCUGGGGCCGGGGGCGAGAGCGAGAGCGAGAGCGGCAGGAACUGGAGCUCGGCUCCAAAGUUGGCGCCGAUGGCAGCCGGUCGUUAACGCCAGCGACGCGCAGUUCGCCCCGUGCAGCGCUUCGCACCUCUAUUUUGUCCCCAAUCCUCCCUCUCUCCCUCCGUUAAAGAAAAAAUUCUGAGUGGUGCGAUUUAUCGGCUGUCCAUGUCGAAAAGGUUGAGGAGCAACGACAUCUGCGCCGACUGCAGUGUCCCCGAUCCUCGCUGGGCGUCAAUAAACAGGGGUGUUCUGAUCUGUGAUGACUGCUGCAGUGUACACCGCAGUUUGGGCCGACAUAUCUCUCAGGUACGACACCUGACACACACACCCUGGCCUCCUACUCUGCUACAGAUGGUACAAACCCUUGUUGCCAAUGGUGCAAAUUCCAUUUGGGAGCACUCCUUGCUGGAUCCUACAUCUGCAGUAAGUGGAAAGCGCAAGGCCAGCCCCCAGGAUAAAGUACACCCUAAUAAAGCAGAAUUUAUAAGAGCCAAAUACUCAAUGCUGGCAUUCGUCCAUCGUUUACCAUGUCGUGAGGAUGACAGUGUUGCAGCCAAAGACCUGAGCAAACAAUUGCACUCAAGUGUGCGGACAGGGAAUUUGGAGACCUGCCUACGACUGCUCUCGUUAGGAGCACAAGCAAAUUUCUUUCACCCUGAGAAAGGAAACACUCCUCUUCAUGUGGCAAGUAAAGGAGGACAGAUUCUGCAGGCUGAACUGCUGGCAGUAUAUGGUGCUGAUCCCGGUGCCCCUGAUGCUAAUGGCAAGACUCCAAGCGACAAUGCAAGGCAAGCAGGACACCACGAGCUAGCAGAUCGUUUGGUAGAAAUACAGUAUGAACUCACUGAUAGACUAGCCUUCUUUCUCUGUGGAAGAAAACCAGAUCACAAGAAUGGACAGCACUUCAUAAUUCCACAGAUGGCUGAUAGUUUGGAUUUGUCAGAAUUAGCGAAGGCAGCAAAGAAAAAACUUCAGUCGUUAAGUAAUCACUUAUUCGAGGAGUUAGCUAUGGAUGUAUAUGAUGAAGUAGACCGAAGAGAAACUGAUGCAGUUUGGCUAACAACUCAAAAUCACAGCACGUUGGUCACAGAAACAACAGUCAUUCCCUUCCUUCCUGUGAAUCCAGAGUAUUCGGCAACUAGAAAUCAGGGGAGGCAGAAGCUGGCACGGUUUAAUGCUCAUGAGUUUGCCACUCUCGUCAUUGAUAUUUUAAGCGAUGCCAAGCGGAGGCAACUUGGGAAUCCUGUCACUAGUCCCAAAGAUAAUGUGGAGCUUGUACUGAAGAGCAUUAAUGAUUGUCAUGGCAGUGUGAGCCAUGACAAUGAUCAGCCUGACUAUGACAGUGUUGCUUCAGAUGAAGAUACGGAUCAGGAACCAACAACUAAAGCAAACAGAGCAAAGAGCAUGGACUCUGAUCUAUCAGACGGCCCAAUUACAUUGCAGGAAUACAUGGAGGUGAAAAACGCACUCAGUGCUUCCGAGGCAAAGGUACAGCAGCUGAUGAAAGUGAACAGCAACCUGAGCGACGAGCUGCGUUUGAUGCAGAAAAAACUCCAAACGCUGCAGAGUGAAAACACCACCCUCAGGCGACAGGUCACUACGAAUAUCUAUCAAGUUCCCACCUGUUCAGAAUACCCAGGUCCCUCCAAUCCUUCAUCCUUAAAACGGCGCCCGUCUGCACGUGGCAGCCGGCCUAUGUCCAUGUACGAAACUGGCUCUGGUCAAAAACCCUAUCUCCCAAUGGGGGACGUCACGUACCCAGAGGACAGUAUAGCAGGACUUCAGCCCUUCCCUCAACAUAUUGGGAGGAGUGCCUUUGUGACCUCCUCUUCAUCUCUACCUUCCUUCCCUUCCACGCUUUCAUGGUCCCGGGAUGAGAACACCCGAAGGGCAUCAAAACUCGAGAAACAAAACAGCAUGCCAGAUAGUGACUACGAUAAUGCAGCAAAUGACUUGGAACUGGAUGAGACAGGCUCCUGCCGAAAGGGUAAGCCAAAGAGCAUAGGGCGGCACGGGGAAAACCCUAUUCUGGAAGUGGACAAUCCAGGUGCAGAUUCAGAUUCCACGCUCCCCAGCACAGAGGACGUCAUCCGAAAAACAGAACAAAUCACAAAAAAUAUUCAGGAGCUGUUGCGAGCUGCACAGGAAAACAAGCAUGACAGCAGGCAGAUUGAACGCGAGAGCCUGCGCAAGUUCAGGCACAGCCUCGGCUGUUUCAGUACGUUGGUUCUGCGGGCCGACAAAUCUUCCCUUCAGCCUCUGACCCUGCAGCAGCAGCCUGACCCUGCCACCUGCUUUAUGCCCUGCUCAGAAAGGAUACAUGUUGCUGUAGCUGAGAUGGCAGCUCUUUUCCCAAAGAAACCUCGCUCAGACAUGGUUCGGGCCUCACUGAGUCUAUUAACUGCAAGUGCGUACAGACUUCAGUCAGAAUGCAAGAAAGCACUACCUGCAGAACCCAGUCCCAUGACUGACAUCCAACUGGUGACACAGCAAGUGAUCCAGUGUGCAUACGAUAUUGCCAAAGCUGCCAAGCAACUUGUUACCAUAAUGACAAAAGAAAACAACUGAUUACUAUUUUCCCCUUUUUUUUAUUUGCAAGAUUUUUUUUUACAUAAGAGAAAACUAUUUUAAAUAUUCACCAGAUUUGGUGUGGGCUUUCUGUCAGUAUUAUGUUUGCAUGCUUUUUAAUAUAAUUUACAUUUUUGGAUAUUAAAGUAGUUUUUCUCUGCUUAUGUUUGUGGCCAUUAGGCUGACUUUUUUUUGGUGCUUUUUUUUUGUUGUCACAUUGCCUUCAGGGAGCUAAAUCAGGCAGAUAACAGUUGCUAAUUAGAUUUGUGUAUCUUAUUGUUUGAAGUGUAUUAAUGACAACUAUAUUACAACUUAAAAGCUCUAUUUCUUUGUUCUCGAGCUCUGCAGUAUUUCCAUAUUAUGCCUUGCUAGGGGAAAUAUUGUUUGAAGUUGCUCCAUUGGGGUAGUUUUUUUAAAAAAAACUUAACAUUCACCAUUCUAUAAAUAAGAUUUAAAUUAUUGUUCAAUGGCAGUCAGGAUACAAAAUCCAGAGGGUAAUAGAGUGGGAAUAGGUGUGGUGGAAAGUAGCACAAAAAUGUGGAAACGUUGGAAGAGUGAUGCUGAAGUUGGAUUUAGGGAAGUAUUUAGAUUGUAUAAGAAAGAUGUUUAAGAGCAGUUUGGCACCAUGAAGGGCUGUAGUGGUAAAACUGAGAUUAUGGAAUUAGAUAUUUUAGCUGAAACCAAAUGACAAUGGGGUGUUGCUAAGCACUUUCCCUUUUUAAUUCAGUGGCCAAAUUUCAGCUGGAAGUAUUAUCUAAAAUGGGGGAAAGAGCAGAGGUGUGGGGCUAAUUGGAUAGCUCAGCACAGGGCACAACAGGCCAAAUAGUCUAUUUCUGUGCUCUAUCGUUAUUUAUGAAAUCUUACAAAAGUUGCUAUUUUAGCAAGCAUUUGGACUGCAUUCAGUUAUAAAGAAUUUCAUGUUUCUGCAAUCUCUAUUGUCAACAAGCAGUUGUCUAUGUUCAGUUGAUCAUAGACAUUAGGUAGCUUGCAACAACAAAUGGUGUGUUUAGCCAUUUUAGUGUUUUAAACAUCCAUUACCAUGCCUUCAACGUAGCUUGUCAGUUCUGUUGAAUGUGAAUGGUAUUAACUAUGCUUCCUUAUCCAACGACAUGCACAAACUUUAAACCAGAAUCUGUAUUAUUUGUCAAAAGUUAGAUUGGUCAAAGUGUUUUUGAACAAAAAGCCAUACUCAUUAUUGCUUUGUGCACAUUGUACCUUAUGGUAUCACGGCUUGUGACCUACAUGGUUGACAACACAGAAUCAAUACAAUGUACUGCCUGUACAACCAAUCCUUAAGAUUGAUUAGGUUUUCUUGUGGAAGGUAUUUUACAACUGUGUUCAGGCUAUAUAUGCAGAAGUUAUUUAUUGUACAGAACUGUACAUCAUUUUUGAUCAGUUAAUUCUCAAAACCAUUUACUUCAAUUAGUUUUAGUUGGCCAGCUUUUAAAGUUGACUAAAUUUGUGAUGUGGUCAGCAUAUUGUAGUCAAACUUGUAAUCUUAUGCACUUAUUUGUACAGGCAACCCCUGCGUUAUGGCCGUUCAGGUUACAGAAAUUCACCCUUACGCAAUUCGCAAUUCACAAAUCACUACCUAAAAAUUUGAGAUACAGAGUAAAAUCCACUCUUACAGAAUUCGUGUGGGGAAAAGAUAAACACAAAGUGCGAAAGAAACAACAAAUUUUGUCAAUUUUUAUUUUUAAUCGCUGAGCUCUGUGGAGCAAUAAGAUUUAAAUGUGAUUUCGCCAUGUCAACAGUCAGAGCCAACCCCUCUUUUUGGCCCCACUCUCCAGUCUGAGGACAUGAGAACAGAGGUCUCACUGCCGCACUCUUCAUCUGUGAGGCAUUUGGUAGAGCCAUGGCAGUCAUGGCUGGCUCCUUAAAGUAACCACCACCCCACCUCCCAAACUCCUACACCACCAUUCUUCGACGAACCCCAGUCGUCAAAUCCCAUCCCUUUCCCUAUAUCCCCACUUCCUAAUCCACAAGCCUUGCACGUCGGAGCAAAUGCCUUGCAGACAGAGCAUGGCGGCACUGCACUCUGAGACAUCCGUUCACAUGUCUUUGGACUGGAGAGCGAGUGGCAAAGGAGAGACCCAGCUGCGACUACCAAUCCAGUCGAUGUGCUGACUCGUAUCCAAAUCUUAUUGCCCCAGAGUAUUGAUGGAGUAAAAAUUUGACAACUUAUUUCUUUUGCUGGAGCCUUGUCCAUCCCCUGAGACAAAUGUUGACCUCGGCAGUUAAAUAACGGCAGUGGGUCACUUUGAUAUCACUGAUUAAAAUUACUUAAUAUGAGGGAAGUAAUACCGUGGGAGCACAUCAUAACAUGGGAUUCAAUGAGAAAAGGGGCUUCUUGUUACAGAAAAUGGCAUUAAAGAUGUUCUCAUAGGAAUGCAACCCCUGUGAAACGGUGGGGUGGGGGUUGCCUGUAUUGAAUUCCCAAAAGAUUUGAUUUUUGUCAAUCUUUGCAUCGUCAGUCAGAUGCAUCAUUUUCAGUCCUGGCAUGGGGACUUUAACUUGUAGAUUAGAACCCACCAAAAAAAAAAUUAGCACAACUUCCUUUUGGAGUGGUGAUUCCCAGUUCUCUGUGGCUUCAAAUUCUCCUUGACAGCAAGUGAAUUAACAGAUGGAGUACUGCAGAAGUCACCAGAUUUUUAUGCAAGUUAUUUUGAAACGGUAUAACUGGUCUGCCCAGUCAACUUUGUAUUAAUGAAUGAAUCUGCACCUAGACUAAUCAGUGUAAAGUACAGUAUGGAUUUGAACUGGCAGGACCAGUCCAUAAGUGCACUUCCUGCCAGCAGCUCACUGAGUCAUUGGCAGCAGUAUUCAGGGAAACAGUUAACCCUGAUCAGUCUCCUGUGUAAAGGAGAAACCGUAGCGAGAUAAGGUAGUGGGAACAGUUAAUGAAGGAGGGAUUAAUCAAGAUCAUAUCCUUUGUCUCCUUAGCAAGAUGAUGCCACAGUACGUUUGUGAACUUUGGUUAGGUUCAAAGUGGGAGAUGGAGCCUUACUGGUAAGGUGCUGUGGAUGAUUUAGCACAAGUGACUUUGAGAAGAGAGUAGCAAAUUUAUGCAGGUUGUACUCAGGAUCUUUUAUUUUGUGCAUGGAAAAUGAUUUUAUUUCAGGCAAGGGUGGGUUUUGUGGUACAGUAUCGCAAUAUAAAUUAGUGACUAAAUAUUCAUUAUAAGUGGCACUACCAGCCUACAACAUGAAUCUAGUCACUAAGCCAACUGCCCAUAGUUCUUGGGUGGAAUUUGACAAGUCACUUGUACAUGACGGGAUAUGUAUUUGUUCCUGAAAGCAGCGACAUAAUAUAUUCCGACUGGCUAAGGAAUGAAAAUUCCGUAAUCCAACUGUGGGACUGAGGGUUGUUUUUAUAAUUUAAAAAAACCCCAAUUCCUUGAUGUCCCAUCCUGCUGCAUGAUUCAAACUUCAUAUCCUGCCAGUUUGUUCUUGUGACCCUAACCUCAAUUCUACUAAGGCAAUCCCUAACUACAUCUUCACAGAAGCUAAUGGUUAUCAUGCAAGCAAGCUCUCUAUAAUCUAUCAAUAUCUGAAUCAAUUCGCGCAAACUGGAAACUCUAAGAAAGUCUGGGAUAGGAUGGUGGAUCUGGUAUAUUUCUUAAUCAUAGAAAAUAGGAUCUGAGUUUCCAUUUUGCCAAGCUUAUCCUUAAUUCUAGAAUAAAAAGUUCAUUAUUAAUGCAUUUAGGCAAAUGUGGAUAUUCCUUAACGAGCUUCCUUAUAAUCUUGUCCAAGUUAGUUAAAAUAUUUUGAGGCUUUGUUUAAAACCAAGGAGUAGCGAAAUGGGGGGACGAAGUAAGUUUUAAAUAACUCAACCUUCUGGGUUGGCUUAAGCCUCACCUUCAGGACAUUUUUGACCCUAUCCCUUGAGCUUACCACUCCACUUUCUUUUCUGUUCAAAGAAAUUUCACCUUUGAAGAUGGGUCUACCGAGGGCUUUUCCCUCCCCAGAAUGAAUGAAUCCUGACGUAACCUUUGCACUGUACUUGUCACGUGGCUCUUCCUGUGUAAUAUUUGUAUGUCUCUUUCAGCAGCUACUGGUUAUAUUGAAACCAACUAAGCAUGUACAGUUUGUAAUGAUGUGUUUAGUCUGAUUUAUUAAAUACAUUACAU